CGCUUUUGUUCUGUUCUCACCGGAAAAGAGCCCAACAACCCAGCAGGGUGUUCCGAGUAGCCGCCGCCAAUGGAGAUCGGAAAAUCAAGCCUCCGUCUACACAGUCGCCUUUCUCUUCCCAAUCUCCGCUUCAUCGCUUUCUCAUCUUCAUUUUCGACUUCAACUCCAGCAGUAGACUUCCUAAACGACGCCGUCGAAGACGACAACGAUUCCUCCACCACCACCUCUUCCUCCUCCAAACCCACCACCGUUACUUCAUCCUUAUCACCAGCAGAAUCCCUUGUUGCGGAAAAGCUCCACUCUUUAAUCAAAAACCACCAUCGCAAAAACCCUACCUUAAACCCUAAUCCCAAUUCCCCGAACCCCAUAAACCCUGAUCUCACUCUCCCAACUCUCUCCUUCGAUCUAUCCAAAAUCUCCCCCAUCCACUCACUCUCUCCGGCCGUCAUUGUUCACGUAAUCGAGAAAUGUGGAUCCGUUCGUCACGGCAUACCCUUUUCUCAGACCUUGGCGUUCUUCAACUGGGCCAUUUCCCGUUCCGAAACCCUCAUUUCCCAUGAGCCUUAUAACGAGAUGAUUGACCUGGCGGGAAAGGUACGCCAAUUUGACGUCGCUUGGCAUUUGAUUAAUUUGAUGCGGAGUAAAAAUGUUGAAAUCCCAAUUGAAACUUUUUCGAUUUUGAUUCGCCGGUAUGUUCGUGCUGGCUUGGCUAAUGAGGCUGUGCAUGCCUUUAAUCGGAUGGAGGAUUAUGAUUGUAAGCCCGAUAGGAAUGCGUUUUCGAAGGUGAUUAGUGUUCUCUGUAAGAAGAGAAGGGCUGUUGAAGCUCAGUCAUUUUUUGAUAGUUUGAAAGAUAGGUUUGAGGCUGAUGUGGUAGUGUAUACUAGCUUAGUGCACGGGUGGUGCAGGGCUGGCAACAUGUCUGAGGCUGAGAGGGUUUUUGGUGAAAUGAAGGCAGCUGGGAUUCAACCCAAUGUGUAUACUUAUAGUAUUGUUAUCGAUGGUUUAUGUAGGUGUGGGCAAAUUACGCGUGCCCAUGAUGUUUUUGCUGAGAUGAUUGAUGUUGGAUGUGAGCCAAAUGCGAUCACUUUUAACAAUCUUAUGCGAGUACAUGUGAAAGCCGGGAGGACUGAGAAGGUGUUGCAAGUUUAUAAUCAGAUGAAGAGGCUAUCUUGUGUGCCGGAUGUGAUAACUUACAAUUUUUUGAUAGAGACUCAUUGUAGGGAUGGGAAUCGCGAGGAUGCGAUUAAAGUGUUAAAUUCGAUGGUUUAUAAAGGGUGUGAACCUAAUGUUCAUAGUUUUAACCCGAUUUUUAGGUGCAUUGCCAAGUCGGGGGAUGUCAAUGCUGCUCAGCGGUUGUUUGCAAGGAUGAAGGAGUUAAAGUGUCAAACUAAUACUGUGACAUAUAACAUUCUGAUGCAGAUGUUUGCUGAUUCAAAAUCUACAGACAUGGUUAUCAAGCUUAAGAAGGAAAUGGAUGAGAGUGAAGUUGAGCCUAACGUGAACACUUACAAAAUUUUGAUUUCAAUGUACUGCAAAAUGGGACAUUGGAAUAAUGCAUACAAGUAUUUUAGAGAGAUGAUAGAGCAGAAGUAUCUAAAACCAAGUCAGCAAGUUUACCAAAUGGUCUUGGAACAGCUUAGGAAGUCUGGCCAGAUGAAGAAGCAUGAGGAGCUGGUGGAGAAGAUGGUUUAUAGGGGAUUUGCUUCUCGUCCCUUGUAAAGGAUAGUUAAAGUGGCUCAACCAGUUGAAUUUGGAUUCACUUGUAAAGAAGCAAAUUCCUUUGAAACAUGUUGCAGCCUCCUCCUCUGGUCAGAAAUGAAUUGGCAAUGAUGGGCGUGGAAAUUUUGCACAUUCAGUUGAUCAUGAUCUUUUGGUGCUGCUUUACUAUGUCUUUCAGAUCUGCUUAUGCUCGUUUGGAUGAUGAUGGAUGACAACUAGUGAGCGCCGGAAUGGUGAUUUUGAACCUUCUUAUGAGGCAUCUUGGUUUGGAGCUCACGUCAUCUGGUGGCAGUCCAACAUAUGAGACAUCCUUUCUGCACCUCUAGCAGCUGCUAAUGGGGUGCUCCAUUGUUGGAAAACCGAGAUAACGAUGAAAUGUGUAGAUAAUUGCACUAUUUGGCUUCAAAUGAAGCUUGGCAAUUGGGGGUUUCUUCUUUAUGUGUACGUCGCUUUGCAUUGGAAGUUCUAAUGCAGCCAGCUUUCCUUGGUCUGUUUCUUUGUAGGGUAGAGAAGGGUUAUGUUUGCAGUAGGUGACAAGGAUUGUGAGAAAGUGCAGAACUGUUUUAGCUAUUGCACUUCAGGCUGUAUCAUUUGUGGAACUAGCAUUACAUUUUGUCUCCAUGAAAUCAGGCUUACCUGUUUGCAGUGUGCUGCUAGCAGUCCUUCCUGGAACAUGAGCACAAUUAAUCAGCUGAUUUAGCAAUCUUUAGUUAAAACAUUAAACUGAAUUAGCAUA